AUGGCAGAGCGUGCGGCCUUGGAGGAGCUGGUGCGACUUCAGGGAGAACGUGUACGGGCCCUCAAGCAGCAGAAGGCCAACGCCGAGCAGAUCGAGGAGGAGGUGGCAAAACUCCUGAAACUGAAGGCACAGCUGGGCCCUGAUGAAGGGAAACAGAAAUUUGUGCUCAAAACCCCCAAGGGCACAAGAGACUACAGUCCUCGGCAGAUGGCAGUUCGAGAGAAGGUGUUUGAUGUAAUCAUCAACUGCUUCAAGCGCCAUGGUGCAGAAGUAAUUGAUACACCAGUAUUUGAACUAAAGGAAACACUGACUGGAAAGUAUGGGGAAGACUCUAAGCUUAUCUAUGACCUGAAGGACCAGGGUGGAGAGCUGCUGUCUCUUCGCUAUGACCUCACUGUUCCUUUUGCUCGAUAUUUGGCAAUGAAUAAACUGACCAACAUUAAACGCUACCACAUAGCAAAGGUUUAUCGGCGGGAUAACCCAGCCAUGACCCGCGGCCGAUACCGGGAAUUCUACCAGUGUGAUUUUGACAUUGCUGGGCAAUUUGAUCCCAUGAUCCCUGAUGCAGAGUGCCUAAAGAUCAUGUGUGAGAUCCUGAGUUCACUUCAGCUGGGCAAUUUCCUGAUCAAGGUGAAUGACCGACGCAUCCUAGACGGGAUGUUUGCAGUCUGUGGUGUUCCUGACAGCAAGUUCCGCACCAUUUGCUCCUCAGUGGACAAGCUGGACAAGGUGUCCUGGGAGGAAGUGAAGAAUGAGAUGGUGGGAGAGAAGGGCCUUGCACCUGAGGUGGCUGACCAUAUUGGGGACUACGUCCAGCAGCAUGGUGGAGUAUCCCUUGUGGAGCAGCUGCUCCAGGAUCCUAAACUAUCCCAAAACAAGCAGGCCUUGGAGGGCCUCGGAGACCUGAAGCUGCUGUUUGAGUAUUUGACGCUGUUUAGCAUUGCUGACAAGAUCUCCUUUGACCUGAGCCUUGCUCGAGGACUGGACUACUAUACCGGGGUGAUAUAUGAGGCAGUGCUGCUACAGACCCCAGCCCAAGCAGGGGAAGAGCCCGUGGGCGUGGGCAGUGUGGCUGCUGGUGGGCGCUAUGAUGGACUUGUUGGCAUGUUUGACCCCAAAGGGCGCAAGGUGCCGUGCGUGGGGCUCAGCAUUGGGGUGGAACGGAUUUUCUCCAUCGUGGAGCAGAGGCUGGAGGCUUUGGAGGAGAAGGUACGGACCACAGAGACACAGGUGCUUGUGGCAUCUGCACAAAAGAAGCUGCUAGAGGAGAGACUGAAGCUCGUCUCAGAGCUAUGGGAUGCUGGGAUCAAGGCUGAGCUGCUCUACAAGAAGAACCCGAAGUUACUGAACCAGUUGCAGUACUGUGAGGAGGCAGGCAUCCCACUGGUGGCCAUUAUUGGAGAGCAGGAACUCAAGGAUGGGGUCAUCAAGCUCCGUUCAGUGGCUCGCAGGGAAGAGGUGGACGUCAGAAGAGAAGACCUUGUGGAGGAAAUCAAAAAGAGAACAAGCCAGCCCCUAUGCAUCUGCUGAACUGAGGAAAC